CUUUGAUGGAUCCGCGUCGUUUGCUACCAGAGUGGUUCCGUUUUCCGUGAUCUUAAUUGAGCCAAGUUUCCUGAAUAAAUUAUUGUGCUCUUCGCCAACGCACCAGCAUCGUUAUGGCCCCCCGCAAGGGUCGGAUGUGUAGGCUAUGCCUCUCGACAACUGCCAUUCUGCGGUCGAUUUUCACCAUCUUCCGGAACUAUAAUCUGGUGUUCAUCAUUCGGGACUUGGUCAAGCUGGAGAUAAAGGAGGAUGAUAAAUUGCCGAAAUCCAUCUGCAAAUCGUGUGCGGUCAAAUUGAUUCGGAUGCGCGACAAUGCGACGCUGUUCAUCGACAGUGACCGGAAGUUGCGCGAUAAACUGGCGGAGGUGGAUGGUGCCGAAGUGAGUUGGGACGAUGCGGUGAACGAGCUGGGACAAACUCGGAAGAGAAAAUACACCAAACGAGCGGAUAAUGACGAUGACUCUCUGGACGGGGGUGGCGCUGAAGUGGAUCGUGAGGAAAGCGACGACGAUAAGACUGAACGAUUGGUUAAGAAGGAGCUGGUGGAGUGUGAUGGACCAGAUAAAAAGGCCGGAGGCAAUCAUUUAAUUGAAUUCAGCAAUGUGAAAGAAGAGAUUGUGGACAGCGAUGAAGAUGACGAUCUUCCCCUUAAAAUCCUGUCAAUAUCAGUCGGCAGUGAAGUUUUGGAUGGCGUCGUAAAGCACGAGGUAAAACCAGCAAUUGCUGCCGAUGGGUGUAAGAAAGAAGUGAACCCACCGGAGAGCUCUUUUUCGCCAACACCGUUGGACAAGGUCGAAGCUGAUGAUAAAAAUGACGAAAGCGAUUUCGACGACCCGGUUGCCCUAAGUCCGAUGCAAACCGAUGAUGACAGUGACUAUGAGGCUCCCCAGAAAAGAACCCGUGCUACUCGAAACUCCAAGAAACCGGUUCCAGAAACACAGCCAAAAGCAAAGAGAGCCUAUAGAAGGCGGGUGAAGGUGGAAAGCGAUAUAGAACUAUCGGAUGUCGAAGAAGAUGGAGACGACGAAGAAAAAGACAAGACCUUUGAAAUUGACGUCGAAAUCAAGAGACGUUCGAAAAGUGAUGAAAUCGAAGGGUCAGAUGAUGAAGUAAAGGUAAAGAAGAAACGGGGUCGCAAAAAGGGAACAAAGCUGGUGAAGGAUCCCAACAAACCAGUUCAGAAACGAAAAUCUGGUGGAAGGCCACGGAAGUUGCCGAUUAUUACGGGCCCGGUUCCUACGAUGCACGAUUACAAGUGCUACAUUUGUAAUAGCGAGUCCCUGGGAUGUAAGAAGGCCUUACUGGAACACUUUUCGACCCACGUUGACAAAAUUCCAUUCACGUGCAAGGAGUGCGUCAUGGAAACGGUCGUCAUCAAUCGGGUGAGGGGUCUGAACAGUCACAUGAAGAUGCAUGCCCAGCCGGUUAAGUGUGACUACUGCGACCGUCGGUACAGUAAUUCGGCCGGGAAAUAUUACCACACCCAGGUGUUUCACUUGGGUCUUGGCGCUCCCUGUCAGGUUGAAUGCGAAAUUUGCGGUAAAACUUGCGGGUCGCAGAAUGCUCUGAAGUCGCACAUGAAGUAUCACACGACGAAACUGAAGUGCAGCAAGUGCGAUAUGGUGUUCAAUCAUCCGAACAAACGAAGAAAUCACGAGCGGUUGCACGAUGAAAACCGCGGAAUGGAGUGUGUGAUCUGUAAGAAGGUUCUACAAAGUCUGGAAUCAUACGAUGUGCAUUUAAAGAAGCACAGUCAGGAACGCAGCUUUCAGUGUAAUCUGUGUUCGAAAAAGUUUGCCACGUCAUGCAAUCUUAUUACGCAUCUGAAGGUGCAUGCCAAGAACGACAAUUACCGUCCGGCAAAAUCCUGGAUCGAGCAUUAUACCGUACUGAGCCGUGACCCGAUGCACUUUAAAUGCAAUCACUGCGACCGUUACAACACCGAUAAAGUCAACAACAUGAUCUCGCAUCUGCAGGCGCAUUUCAAAGAGUACGAGUGUGAUCAGUGCAAGCACAAAUUUGCCACGGCUAAACAGCUGAGGGCACAUUACACCACCCACACCGGGGACAAACCGGAGAAGUGCAAAUACUGCGAGAAGGUGUUCUCCACCAAGAACAAUUUGCGAAUCCACCUGAAAGCAUCGCAUCCCGAGUGGGUUCCCCAGAGGCAGCAGGCACCGACCGUUACUGUAACUCAGCCUCAAGGCGCUAAUCCGGCAGCAAUACCGGCAACGGUAGUCACAAUGGUUCCAACGGCAGAGCCUGAACCACUACCGCCGGCCACCACUCCGAAUUCGGACAUUUUCGACGCGACAAGCAGUAACAGUGGAUUCGGUAUGAUAAACCAGCAGCACGUUCAACUCCAACAGCGUACGCAAAUGCUACCGCAUCAGCCGGUAGCAAAUCUGAACAUUCUCAGAAGUUAAGGUAAGUACAUGGUAAAAUUAAUGGGCCGCUAAGCUCUAGGUAGUCUUAGAACAUCAUAAUGAAUCAUAUUUAUAGUCGAUAUAAUGUGGCUCAUUGCGUGUGAUACGUCACAGUCCAUUCAGCACUAACGAGCCUGGAUAAAACAAAGAGAAGAAACGUCAAAAUUGGAAUAGUCGAUCUAGUGUCAUCCCCAUAGUUCCAAUCGAGCAGGAGACCUGUCAAAACGACAAGGAUUCUCCACUUUGGUAUACUCGAGACACUUUAUUCAGCACUAGGCGUUUAAGGGCGAACGGGACGAUCGAGGAAAUAUCCGCCAUUGCUAUGUCGCUACUAAGAUGGUAAUCUCAGAUUCUAAUUCACAUUUUGCAACAAAAACAAAGGCGUCCCAUAUCACCUUAAAAAGGGUUACAUUUUUCUUGUUUGUCCUUCAUGUAUCUUCCUCUUUACCUUUCCUCGGCCCCGUUUUAAUGUGUGUGCCCAUUUUCGCUUGCUGGCUCUUGGCAUUGUCCCUGUAAGGUAGGAGUAUGCCGCCGUCUAAAACCGAUUGCAAGAAAGAUCGCGGGGUAAUAUCAGGAUGGAUUCAUGGGUGAACCAGAUGUUCACCAUCCGCCAGGUGUUGCAGAAAUGCCGCGAAUACAGCGUGUCCACACAACACUUGUUCAUUGAUUGUUAUUAUUGUUAUUAUUAUUAUUAUUAUUA